CAUCUAAUCAAACAUGCCCUUCGGCCGGAAGUCACCGCUGGAGGCACUGGCCAUGCCGGGUGCCAUUAUUGCGUACAAAUAUAGCCAGUUCCGGCAGCGCCGACGGGAGGCAGCUAAUCGGCGCGUGACGGAACGGGAGCUUUCCGCACUGCACACGAAAAUCGAAAAACUGCUCAGCAAGCUGGAGGAAAGCGAACUCGAACCUCCAACCUCGCAGGAGGAUGAGUGCGUCAUCUGCAUCAAUGCACGUGCAACGAUGCAAACGUCACCGUGCGGUCAUCGGGUCGUGUGCCGCCGAUGUUUCGUCAAAACGAUCCAAAGUGCUGUGGCGCAACGGUUGCUACCGUUGCGGUGUGUCAUCUGCAGGGCAAGAAUAAAUCGUCUUACGUCCGGUUCGACUUCCUGGCGCUUGCAAGGUUCGGCCAGCACGUACUCGAUGGGUAGCAAAAGUUGGAGUGUGCCCGGAUCGGCCAGUUCGUACAGCGUCGAUGCGAGGGUCACCCAGUCCGCCAGUCUGUACUCGAUGAGUUCGGGUUCGUCGUGCGUGUCCGGUAUCUCGAACAUGUCCAGCUGCUCCGGCACGUCCGGUACGUCCGGUAUGUCUUCCACAUCGUCGACCAGCGGUAUCACGGAUGGGUCGCUGCAUGGCCACAGCCAUCGGCACGGUUCGGGUGGAUGUACGGCGAGUUGCAGUACGAGCGGUUGUCUUGGGGCGAUUCCACGCAAUCCAGCCUACCAGCAUUACCACAAAAAGGGACAAUACUACAUAAAGAACCGUCUUCCGGAGAUGCCAAAUCGGUUGCCACCGAUCAUUGAGUUCAAAAGCCCAACACGCCACAGAACACCUUCACCCGCCAAUCCGGGCGCACGGUUUAAAUACUACACCCAGCCAGGCAAACCGGCGAACCCAGUUGAGUCCAUCCCCCUCAUGACGGUGGAAAAAAUUGGCCCCGGUAAAUCGGGUCCCUCCAAGCUCGGCCUAAAUGCCAAAAUCGCUCCCGUUGCAUCGAAAUCACCCAUCAACAAAACCAACAUGGCCACCGGAAAACCGGUCACAACGUCACUCAUCACCGCCGUUAACAACUCCACACCAAAGGCACGCGUUCUGUCCGCUUCCUCCUCAUCGGCUGGCCCAUCGGGACUGAGCGGUGGUGGAGGCACAGGAGGCGCGGGUGGAGGCAACAGUAGAGGAGGAAGUGGUGGUGACGGUGGUGGAGGGAUGGGUUGCAGCAGUACCCAUUCGCUCGUCAGCAAGCAGGACGAAAAGUACGACAAUAAAAAGAACGAAACGAUCGAGAAGAAAAAGAAGGAAGAAAAGGCCAAGCAGAAGGCGGAAAAGGAGGCCAGAAAGGAAGAAAAACGCAUUGCCAAAGAGGAGGAAAAGCUCGCGAAAAUGCUCGCCAAGGAGGAGAAAAAGCGUGGCAAGCGAGAAGCGAAAGAAGCACUGCUCGCGCACGAAGGUGGAAAUGGAUUAAAGUAA